AUGGACAACGUCACGAGCAUGGGCGCGUUCGAUCUCCGGGACCACUUGGAGCUUCUCAUAUCGACCACCAAGAAACUGGAAGUCAACGAAACUCAGUCUCCAGGUGCAACAUCAUGCAACUACGCGGAGCAACUUCCUCAACAGAGCUCCUAUAGCUCCCCGUUGGAGUCCGAUCUGCUCUCGAUCCCGGACUCUGCGGACGGCCCUGAAUCUCUGAAUGAUUCGGACCCGAUGAAGCCGGUUUUGGAUGCAGUGGCUCUACAACUGGUCUCACAAUACAAAUCAGCGGUUUACGGGGACAUUCCUCUCGGAGAAAGGCUUUGUUCGACAACGGAGUCUGGCCCGAAGAGACCCGAGACUGUCAACAGAUCUUCAAGGAAGCGCCGAAGAAGUGACGAAGAAGAUGAGGAUGCUGGGUCUGAUAGAGACUAUGGCCCUGUGACUUCUCCCAAGCGAUCGAAAAAGGGACCCAAGAGACUGUUGCUGGCGUGCCCAUUCUGGAAGCUCGACUCGAUCAAGCAUCGCCGCUGUUUCAGCCAUGACGCAUUCGCCAGGAUCCGAGAUGUCAAACAGCAUCUCAAAAGAAAACACACCCCCGAAUUCUACUGCCCACGCUGCAAAACGACCUUUGGAACGGCGUUGGCGCUCACCGAGCACGUGUCGCAGAAGAACUGGGUGUGCAGUGUCUCGGAGACGUUGGAUGGUAUCUCAACGCAGCAGAGCAGCCAGCUUUCUCGGAAGUCGAAGGCAGGUAUCUCGGAAGAAAAACAGUGGUUUGCCGUAUGGGACAUUGUUUUUGUUGGUAGGCCACGUCCGGGUUCUGCCUACAUCGACGCAGACUUCUCAGAGGAAGUCAACUCGCUGCGGGAGUACUGCAAGAGCAAUGCAGGGCCGGCGAUUGCAGAGGCGAAGCGGACAGCUCAGAUCUCAGACGAGUUUGCCACCGAGGAUAUAGAUGCCUACAUGGAGCGCACCUUCCUUCGGGCGUUCGAUAUACUCCAUGACGAUUGGCAUAUGAACCGGUCAGCGGCGCUAGGACAUGCAACGGUCUCUUCUAGCAGCUCCCGCAGUAACCUCCAACCGACUACCGGAGCCUCGACCGGUUCGUUGGCGGACAGUGGAGUGGCUCUUGGAACUCAAGAGUCAACCACGGUUUCUGAGUUCGGGACACUGCCGUAUCCUAUGCCAGUUGUCGGCUACCCGAUGCCAUCCGUUCCAGAGCACCAACACCGAACAGCAGAGACAAUUUGCCCGGAACUAUAUGAUUUUAACUUCGACAUUCUACCAGAUGCUUCUGCGGAAGAAAUAGCGAGAAUGUUCUAG